AUGAUACCGAUGUUGAUGAUUAUUGUUAUUGUCAAGCUGUCGAUGUUAGUUUUUGCAGAACUCGAGGCUCUAGUCGACAAAUUGGCCAACGAAAGCCAGCGGGGAUCCUACACGAUCAAAAAGAACUCGACGCCCCAGUCGCCCAAAUCGCCUAACGCAAAUUCAUCGCUCAUCAUCAACACGCAACCUCAACACGUGUCGGCAGCCAUAGACGACGCGAUGCAGCCGCUCCGCGAGGACACGAGCGUCGUCGCGCCCACCAGUGGCCAGCAACAGGUCAACGGCAACGCUAACAGCACGAGCGCUAACAACAGCAACGAUAACUCGUCGCUGAAUAACCAGGACGACGCGUCCCCCAAGAGCGCCAAGGCGCCCGCUCAGCGCGGCGUCGAGGAGCUCUACGACAUACCUGCCG